AUGGUGAAAGUAAAUAAGAAUAAGUUGCCAAAGAAGAAGCGUGCACCCAUGAAAGUGGAGGAGUCUAAGCCGAAAGAGGCACCUUCGAGGGAGUCGAAGUCGAUGGAGGAAUCUUCGGAUGACUUUAAAAACGGAUCCAAAUCCGCUCCCACCAAGCCAGAGCCGAAGGAAAAGGACUUUAAGUUGCCAGUUCCCUCGGAUGACAACGACGGCUCUACACCCGCUAGCACCAAGAACGGCAUUAUCUACAUGUCCAAUGUUCCCAAGCACUUGAAGGUGAAGCGCAUGCGCAAAAUCCUACGGAAGUUUGGAAAAAUCGGAAAAAUUAUCCUGCAGCCAAGUGCCAAGGCCAAGAGAAACAAACGUAAGCGCAUCCACUUCUACGAGGGCUGGGUGGAGUUCGAGUCGAUGGAGAUCGCCAAGUUCGUCGCCACCGCGCUGGGCAACUCCAGGAUCUCCAAGCAUAAGAGUUCAAGGUUCUACGACUCGCUGUGGAGCAUGAAGUAUCUUCAUCGCUGCACGUGGGUGCACCUCGCCGAGCGCGGGAAUUACCGACGGAGGUCUCCCACGCCGGUCUCCCACGCCCGCAAGGAGACCACCUUCUUCCAGAACAAUCUCGACGAGAGCAAGUCCCUCAAGAAGAAGGCCAAGAAUUCUGAGAAGGCUGAAAAUUCUGGGAAGGCUGCCAAGAAGAAGAUGGCCCCUGGCGAGAGUGAGGACUGA